UGAAGAGAGAGGGGGGAGUUGUCACUGAGGGGAGGAGGGAGAGUGAAGGGAGAGUUAAAGGAGAGUUAAGGGAGAGUGAGGAGAGAGGAAGCGAGGAGACGGCACGCCGCAGGCAGCGGCAGGGAGAGACGACCGAGAGGGCUCGCACGAAGCCGGGCCAGACGAGACGCGGCUACCCCUAACACAGCAGCAGCAGCCAUCCAUGAUGGAGCCGUUCGUACAACAACAACAGCAGCAGCAGCAGCAGCAGCAACCCCGUCUUCUCGCCCCUCAGCAACAACAACAGCAACAGCAGCAGCAACAACAACAACAGCAACAACAGCAGCAGCCGCCGGCGUACACGCUCGCCAACCUGGCCUACCCUCACUCUGAGCAGCUGCUCGAGGGCCUGAACCAACUGCGUCACCGCCGCGACCUGUGCGACGUGGUGCUGUGCGCGGGCGCGGCGCGGGCCCACGCGCACCGCGCCGUGCUCGCCUCCAUCAGCCCCUACUUCAGGGCCAUGUUCGCCGGCGGCCUGGCGGCGCGACACGCGGGCGCCGAGGUGCGGCUGCGCUGCGUGGCCGAGGAGGCGCUGCACGCGAUCGUCGACUUCGCCUACACGGGCGCCGUGUACGUGUCGCAGGAGACUGUCGAGGCCCUGCUCACGGCCGCUAAUCUCCUGCAGGUGCGGCUGGUGCUCAAAGAGUGCUGCGAGUUCCUCGAGCGCCAGCUCGACCCGGCCAACUGCAUCGGCAUCGCGCGCUUCGCCGACGCUCACGGCUGCCCCGAGCUGCGCCUGGCGGCGCGGCGCUUCCUGCAGCUGCGCUUCGAAGAGGUCCGCUGCACCGAGGAGUUCCUCGAGCUGAGCCCCGCCGAGCUGCACGAGGUCCUGUCGAGCGACGGCCUCGCCGUCACCUCCGAGGAGUCGGCGUUCGGCGCGCUCGAGAGCUGGGUGAAGGCCGCCCCCCGCGAGCGCCGGGCCCACCUGCCGGCUCUGAUGCGCUGCGUGCGGCUGCCCCUGCUCAGCGUCAAGUCGCUGACGCGGCUGUACGAGGCCAACCAGCUGCUGCGGGACGACCGCGCCUGCCGGAGGCUCCUCGACGAGGCGCUGCGCUACCACUUCGCGCCCGAGGAGCGGCUGGCGCUGCGCGCCUCCGAGCCGGCGGCGCGGCCCCGGUGCGCGCCGCGGGUUCUGUGCGCGGCCGGCGGCAAGAACGGGCUGUUCGCCACGCUGGACUGCGUGGAGGUGUACCGGCCCGGCAGCGACACGUGGGCGCCGCUGCCGCCGCUCGGCAGGCCGCGCUACGAGUGCGCCUGCGCCGUGCUGGAGCGGCGCCUGUACGUGGUGGGCGGCGUGGCGUGCCGCGUGCGCGACCGCGUGCCCUACGGCCGCCACGAGAGCUCCGUGGAGCGGUGGGACCCGGAGGUCGCCAGCUGGGACCUCGCCCCCGCCAUGACGGAGUGCCGCAGCACGCUGGGGCUCGCCGUGCUGGACGGCGAGCUGUACGCGCUGGGCGGCUACGACGGGCAGAGCUACCUGCGCUCCGUGGAGCGCUUCUCCCCGCGCCUCGGCUGCUGGGGCCCCGUGGAGCCCAUGCUGAAGAAGCGCAGCUGCUUCGCCGCCGCCGCCCUCGCCGGGAUGAUUUACGCCAUCGGCGGCUACGGCCCCGCGCACCUCGACAGCGUGGAGAGGUUCGACCCGGGCAAGGGCGUCUGGGAGAUGGUGGCGCCCAUGGCGGACAAGCGCAUCAACUUCGGCGCGGGCGUGGCGAUGGGCUUUCUGUUCGUGGUGGGCGGACACAAUGGCGUGAACCACCUGGCCAGCGUCGAGCGCUACGACCCGCAGCUCGACCAGUGGACCACGUGCCGGCCGAUGAGCGCCCCCCGCACCGGCGUGGGGGUGUCGGUGAUCGACGGCUUCCUGUACGCGGUGGGCGGCCACUCGGGCUCGGCCUACCUGGGCCUCACGCAGACGUACGACCCCGGUUCGGACGAGUGGAAGGAUUGCGCCGGCAUGGGCUCGUGCAGAUGCAACUUUGGCCUGGCGGCCCUCUGAGACGUCUUUUGAAACUCGAAUCUUCCCUGACGCGGCAGACGUUACCCGCUCGCCUCGUCGCCCCCACCCCACCCUCCCCACCCGAACACUGUCAUGCACUCGCGCCGCGUCUCUGUGGUGGUGUAUGGUCUGAUUGCACGCGACCGGUGCGGCAGACCGUGGCGUGACCUUAGCAAUUGCCGGGCUCAGCCAAGCUACCCAGCAGCAGCAACAGCAACGGCCCUUUCACAGCAACGUUUCGCACGGCCCCUGGAUUCCCGUGAAGUGAGGACGGCCGUCGUGUUGCAAACGUCACCACCGUCCCCUGUGUACCCCCGGUCCAUGUUGAGAAGAAGAAUGGAGGGAUGAUGAGGCAUUUCUUCUUAUUGGGAGGUGAAGCUGGAUCAAGAAGUUGGUGGUUGACACAGCGCCUAUCUGGAACGCUGUGUGAGAAGGCGGGCGGGCGGGCGGGCAGGCGGGCGGGGGUGUGGUGGCUUUGCUUAGUUUGCUAAUGCCCACUAGUGUAACAGGUGUGUUUAUCGCGUCGUGUGAGUUGCACGUGGAAAUUCUCCACGAGCUGUUUUUCGUGUUGGCCGUGGUGUGGGGCCGCCUUGAGCCGGAUCGUCCAUGGCCUAACAACGUCGGAGCAGCCCCGCCCCCGCGAGUGUUCACUCUGGAAGUAAAUUAAUAAUGGGGGGGGGUUCUGCGGAACGUUCCGGAAGGUUCCGAGUCCAGCCCACCAGCAGGACAAGUAGUCCAGUUAACGCCUCCUUAAAACUGCAGUCAAAUUAAAAUCUGGAUUUUACGUGCCGAUAAUCGCCCUCAAUAAAGUCGACGUUGGCGCACAUCACGGCAGAGCGGGAGCGGUUACAGGGGGCAUAGAGUAGAGGAUUGUGACCAGCCGUUAAAAUGGGAACCGUUGUUAUUGUCGCACGCUCGUCUUGCCGAGCGGGAGAGGGAGGUCACCGGUUAAGGGUGGGGCGCCCGUCAAGAGCGCGCCGCUUUGCCUCUGCCUCCGACCGCGGAGGGCUGCGGUCGCUCGGGCCCCGGGUUGCGGAGGUUGUUUCCGCGCCGGGGGCGCUCGCGGAGGAGCGAGGCGUCGCGCCUGCGAGGACUUUGGGAAGCGCGUGGCGUGUCGUGUCGCGUCGCGCGAGCAAGCGUGCAUGAAGGCCGGCGCAUGAAUAAUUGGACCGCGGCGGUGCCAAAGGGGGAAGGCCGGAACACGAUACAACUUGCCACCUUGCAGAGUUUCCCCCCCCCCCCCCCCCCC